AUGUUAAUAACAAAUGCUAUUGAUUCUACAGAGACAACACCAAGUUCUCCCUCUAAUUUGACCUCAACCCCAUCGAAUUUUAAGCCUCAGGAAUUGCUCAAAACCAAAAAGGCGCUUAAAAGGAAAACUCGAUUCAAAAUGCCAAGUUACCAUUCUUUACAAAGACACUCCGGUAUUGGACCCUAUGAACAAGAAUGGAAAGCUGCACAUGCUCUGAAAUCCAAAAUUUGCAAAUUUUCACAAGGUGCUAAUCCUUCCACGACAAGGCUGUGUCUGUCCAUAACGCAGCUUCCAGUGCUCAUUCCAGGUUCUGUGAUCAUCCCGGUUGCACGCCUAGUUGCACCAGUUCGCCAAAAAACGCCAUCACACGGAUGA